AUGGGUAGCAGAGAGAUUGACAUCGAGUUCACUAAGGAACAGAUCGAAAUGUACAAUGGCAAGGGCUACAGACUGUGUUUCGGCACCGGCGUGGGACAAAAUCCCGCUUUCAACGUGAUUGCCCAAGCUGCCACUAUCACUCCCAAAGUGACCUUUCAGUGGAAUGACGAGUUCCAGAUCGCAGCCACUAAUGGCAGGUUCGAGAAUGGGGGUACAAUCACUAUGGCUACCAACCUCGCGAGCAUCAAGUUUGAUCAAGUCUACACGCUUCCUCCCACUUGGAUCGAUGGCAAUAUUGCAAAUGAAAAGCUACCUGGGAAAUCAUUCAAGAUGGUGAAUGGAACUAGUCGUGGAGCCGGUGCUGUGCUCUUCAGACGCGUCAAUGGCCAAUAUGUGCCUUUCUACGUCAGCAAUCCGCCAAUCGACCCCAAUGGAAGUGAGCUCUUGACCCCUAAGUUGCGCGUUGCGCUCUGGUUCCAGGCCAACGCCGAGACGGGAGCCAUGGUGUCGAUUAAUAAGGCAGACCUAUCCACCUUCGACUUUUCGGGACGGAACCAGGUUAAUCUGAAGUGCAAUAACGGACAAUUCGUUGCCGCUUGA